GAGAGCGUCUGCGGACACACAGUAUUGAGUCGUCGGGGAAGCUCAAGAUCUCGCCUGAGCAGCAUUGUGACUUCACGGCAGAGGAUCUGAGAGACCUCGGGGAGAUUGGUCGCGGGGCGUAUGGCUCCGUCAACAAGAUGGUCCACAAACCAACAGGCCAGAUCAUGGCCGUCAAGAGGAUUCGCUCCACCGUGGAUGAGAAGGAGCAGAAGCAGCUGCUGAUGGAUCUCGACGUGGUGAUGAGGAGUAGUGACUGUCCCUACAUCGUUCAGUUCUACGGCGCUCUCUUCAGAGAGGGGGACUGUUGGAUUUGUAUGGAACUUAUGGCUACCUCAUUAGACAAAUUCUACAAAUAUGUAUAUUGUGCAUUAGAUUACGUCAUUCCAGAGGAAAUAUUAGGCAAAAUAACAUUAGCGACCGUUAAAGCACUGAACCACUUAAAAGAAAACUUGAAAAUAAUUCACAGAGACAUCAAACCUUCCAACAUUCUCAUGGACCGAAAGGGUAAUAUCAAGCUGUGUGAUUUUGGCAUCAGCGGUCAGCUGGUGGACUCCAUAGCCAAGACCAGAGACGCGGGCUGCAGGCCCUACAUGGCGGUAAGUGUAACCAGUACAGCCUCAUUCCCACUUCAAAAAAAAUCUGCUACCACCCCCUAACAUCUGGCUUAUUAAUGCAAUGACAAUGCGUACAAUUAGCAUUCACACCUGGGCCACAUGACUCCUCAGUAGACUCAGGUUUUUAUCACCUCCUGUUCCAAUCGGCAUUGAUGGAAACACAACACCCGGGUGAAUGGGCUAAUUUCAGCUCCCUAACCAGUGAGAUACAAUGACCCGCUGUCACUA